UUCCUUUCUUCACGCUUUACCAAUUGGAUGGUUCAAUGACUCAUGUAGCCACACCCCAUUUGUCUUAAUACAUUUUCAAGAUUAACGUUGUUUAUUAUUGUUUUGAUUUUCAUUAGUAUCUGUGUAAAGAUGUCAAUUCAUAGUUAGAAAACGCUGACUGAUACAGAAAAUUUCCCAUUCUUCCAAGUACUUAAGUAGUGUGGUGCCAAAAAAAUUAGAAGUCACUAAAAAUGUCUAGUGAAUCUGUUAAAAAUUUUUCCAGUCUGGAAACACCCGGCUAUGUGGGAUUUGCGAAUCUUCCAAACCAAGUGCACAGGAAGUCUGUGAAAAAAGGGUUCGAAUUCACCCUCAUGGUAGUGGGUGAAAGCGGCCUUGGGAAGUCAACUUUAGUCACUUCUCUAUUUUUGACUGAUCUCUAUCCCGAAAGACUUGUACCAGAUGCUGUUGAAAAAUUGAGACAAACAGUGAGACUUGAACCGUCUACAGUGGAAAUAGAAGAACGUGGUGUGAAACUUCGACUAACUGUAGUUGAUACUCCUGGUUAUGGUGAUGCAAUCGAUAACAGGGAUUCUUUCGAUGAAAUCAUAGGCUACAUUAAUCAGCAGUUUGAGAGAUUUCUGAAGGACGAAUCUGGUUUGAAUAGAAAGAAUAUAAUGGAUAAUAGGGUGCAUUGCUGCUUUUAUUUCAUUUCUCCUUUUGGACAUGG